GUCUGUCAGAUGAGGUCAUGGCCUUGGCCCCCUCCCGACAUCACAUGUGAACGAUCGAAAGAACAGGAUAAUCAGGAAAAACGUCCAAUCCUUUCCUUUCAGGGAUCUCCGACACCAUACGCUGGACCUGGCGGAAGUGAUUACCGUAGCCUUGCUUAUUUGGGUAAAGAUCGGACACUUUCAGUUGAUCCCUCAGGGAACAUUUUUAGCGCCAUCCGGGACCGGUCGCAAGAUCGAGCAGCUCCACGGCAAUGGUCAUGAACCGGCAAUAGUUUCC